GCCUGGACCGUCUGACUAAUCUAACAUGGCUUAGUAAAAUGAAGAGUCUUAUGUAUAUUCUGCUUGGGCUUUUAGCAAUAAUGGUGCAUGUAUUGGCAAAGAGAUCUGUCAUUCAACAGCAUCAAGAAAAUUGAGGGUCUGGGGUCUCUGUGGAGGCUUGAAGUGCUGAAUUUGUCCAACAACAGAAUCUCUGUCAUUGAAAACAUGGACAAACUUGAGAAACUCACUCACUUCCUCAUCGCAAACAACCUCCUUGGACAAUUGGACAACGUGCUCUAUCUCAGGACGUUCAAGAACCUGUUCACCGUCAACCUUUAUGGAAAUCCUGUCUCUCAGGAAGAUGAUUACAAACAUUCCAUCGCAGCAUACUUUCCAAAAUUGACGUGCCUGGACUACAGAUUACUUGACGAGAAGACCAAAAACGAAGCAGCGCUAAAAUACGGCUACGUCCUUGACAAGAUCAAACAUGAGGAGCUGCAGAGGCAACAAGCUGAGGAGGUUAAUCAAAGCAAGGAAGCUGAAGUGAAAUUACACACGGAAGCCUUUGUGGAGUCCCUGAAUGGCUCCCACCUGUUUAAGAGCAUGCUCAAAGACGACUCAGAGUUUCUGCACAGUGUGCCCGAAGUGGCUCAUCUGCUUCAAACAUUUGAACUCCAAAUGGUGGAGCUGUGUAUGCAGUUAUGUGAAACAGGUUUGGCAGAACAUAAGCGAAGAGAGACAGAGGUGAACUCCUUCUUCGGUGGUCAGAAUGAGGCGGUGAAGCACUACCAGCAGAAAGCAUCGCACAUAUUGCCAGAUUUUGAGCAGCGACGCAAAGCGAGGAUGGUGGAGCUGCAGCAGUCAUCUGACCCGGACCUCCUGAAGGUCAUCACCAACCACUGCAAAGAGGAAAUCGACCAACUCUGUAACAGCCUCAUGGCCCUGGAGUUUCAGCUGCUCAGCCAGCUGGAGGAUAACAUCAAAAAGUUGGACAUCAACAUCUCAGACAUGAUUGGCAACUUCAGUGAAACUGCUCAGGGGAUAUUUGUGCAAUGUCGAGAUCUGGAGGAUAAUUAUCAUGAGAAGUUGCGAGUGGUGAUUGCAGCAACUCUGGAGAAGGACAUGUCUGAUCAUGAUAAAAUGCUGCUUGUUGACAAAGACACAGUGAUGUAUGCAGUGGCCACCAGCCACGACAACCACCUGCUGCAGAUCAAUGACCGAGAGACUCAGAUGAUGACACGCGCCGAUGCCUGGAAGGUUGCUCUCGUAAAAGAGAUUGAAGUGAAAGAACUUAAUCGGAACCGCAUGCGAAUCUCAGACAUCUACAAACACGCGGACCAUUUGUUGGAGCAGCUGGAAGAAUUGCAGUAGCAUCAUCGGUUAACCCCCCCCAAAAGUCAUUUUCAACACAUCACCGGAGACAUGCCACAUACUAGCCUGCUUCUGGGCCUCCACCAAUAACCCCGUCCCCAAAAAUCAAGGAUCACAGGACGCUCCACACCCUCCUCACUCUAUGUUCAGUCACUCGCACCUCAUCCAUCCAACUCCCUUCACGAGUUCACUCACCUGCCUCUGAUCACUCCCACCUAAUCAGUCUGGUUCCCUUCACCUGGGCCUCAUGCAUGUCGCACCUGUUGCCCAUUCCCUCAUUAGUCCCUCACUACUUAGGUCCCCUCACUUGCACUUGUCCUCUGCCAGAUUGUCUUGUGUUUUCUGACCAAGCCCUCCAGGGUUCCAUAAUGUGUUUGCCUAUUUCUGCCUGUUUUGUUCCUGCCGGUACUCUAGUAAAAGAUUAGAAUUUGCAGCUCUGUCUAGUGAGUCGUGCUUUGGGUUCUUGGUAAUCGCUCUGUGACAUACAGGCCCUUCACCUUAACAUCUGAGGUUAUGAAGUCUUUUGAAGGCCUUGCCUUGGCCAACUCUUGAACCCUCUGCAGUUUGCCUGCAGAGCCAACAGGUAUGUAGAUGGUGCAGUCAACAUGGCCCUCCAGUAUCUGGUAACUUUAGCCUAAAAUAUGUCAACAAGGCAGGUAACUUUAGCUCUUACAGUUUAAAAAAAAAAAUUUGCAAUAUGUCCUAAAUUGAUUCAUUUAUUACAAAAUUGUAGAAGUAUGAAUUGUAAUUCACUCUCUCUUUGUAUCAAUAUUCACUGGUACUUCCUAGAACUAGCUGAAGUCUUCAUGAAUCAUGUGACAAUCAAGCAUUUUGAAGUUGGCGCGUCUCUCAGAUGACGGCUCUGGUUGUGGUUCUCAAAUGGGGCUAUGUGUACCCCUGGGGUACUUGAAGGCACUCUAGGGCCAGUGGUAUGUAAACGAGUGUUAAACUAUCUUUAAUAUUAGCAUCAAUUCAAAAAUGCAUUUAGGUCCUUUUAAAAAAUAAGUGCAAGUUCAUAAACUGAAUUGUAUAAAUCUAUAUUAAAUCAGAUACUGAUGGUA